CGCGCCUGAAUACCGGCUUCAGCCGGUAUAAAAUCUGCCAAGCUUUAGUCAGAGGAAACAGAGACAGUGAGCUGGCAGAUAAUACUUGAUCUACUUAUUUAACCGGCAUUUAUAAAUUGUUAUAAAAGUAGUCAAACAUAAACUAGAAAGAGAUACACUUGAACAGGCUCAUUUUCUCUUAGUUGUCAGGACUUUCCUCAGAAGUGACUGCGGAUGCUCAGGUUAGGAACGAUGUUCUCCAGUUAACACUUCAACAAAGAAGCCAGCUAGCUCUGUUGGUUUUUGUUUUCUUUCAAUAUCCCGAGUUUCCCACAGUUUCGUCAACGUUUCGAAACGUCAGUGUACAUCAUGACAGGACUAAUAUCUGCCCUGAAGGGCUGCACAAGCCCCAAUGUGUACAAUGAGGUGCCAGAUGGAGGCUGGGGCUGGCUGGUGGCUGCCGCCUUCUUCUUCGUGGAGGUUUUCACCUAUGGCAUCAUCAAGAUUUUUGGCAUCUUCCUGCAGGACCUCAUGACAGACUUUAAUGAAACCAACAGCAGAGUGUCUUGGGUCAUCUCCAUCUGUGUGUUUGUCAUGGCCUUCACAGCUCCUCUUUCCACGUUGAUGAGUAACCGCUUUGGCUAUCAGCCUGUCGUCAUGCUCGGUGGACUCCUGAUCAGCCUGGGUACAAUCACAACAGCGCUUACCAACUCCAUCAUUGAGAUGUACAUUACCAUGGGAAUUGUUGCAGGCCUGGGCUACUGCCUCACCUUCCUGCCUACAGUCACCAUCCUGUUGCAGUACUUCAGCAAGCGCCGUUCCCUUGUCACAUCCAUAGCCUCCACAGGAGAAUGCUUCUCUCUGGUAGCACUUGCGCCAGCUAUGAAUGCGCUGAAGGAGCAGAUCGGCUGGCGUAACUGCUUGAUUGUGAUUGGAGUUAUGCAGGCAUCUAUUAUUGUCUGCGGGGCUCUGCUAAAGCCAAUAGUCAUUAAACCCAAACCCGCUGCCACGGAGGGUUCCACAUCCCCACUUAAAGAGCCUGAAUCCAAAUACGACCUGGAGAAUGAAAUCACACGUACCUCUAUUGGCUCUGUGGAUUCAGGGGUCCAGUCUGUUACCUCCUCCCAGAUCAACCUAUCCGAGGGCCAGGACUCUACAGAGCAGGACUCUGCAGAGAAAAAAGCACUUAAGAAACAGGAGGUAGAAGAGCAAGCAGUGGUGCCUGAGACCACACUUAAACAGAAACGAGAAGACUCGAGCGUCUCUAGGGCCAAGUUGUUGGACUUCUCCGUGCUUAGAGAUGCCAGCUUCAACUGCUAUGCACUGUUUGGCCUGUUCGCCACUCUGGGCUUCUUCGCGCCGCAGCUCUACGUCAUUGAGCUGAGCGUGAGCCGAGGAGUGUCACGUGACAGCGCCACCUAUAUGCUCUCGGCCAUGGCCGUGGCUGAGAUUCUAGGUCGUCUGUCCAUGGGUUGGGUCCUCAAUCGCAGGCCCAUCCGCAAAAUCUACAUUCUGCUGAUUUGCACGGUGCUGCUGUGUCCGGUGCUGGUCAUCUUCACCUUUGUCAAUGAGUUCUGGGGGCUCAUGUCCUGCUCUUGUUUCUAUGGCUUCCUGCUGGGCACCGUGGCCUCCAGUCACAUCCCAAUGCUGGCUGAAGAUGACGUGAUCGGCAUUCAGAGAAUGUCGUCGGCUGUUGGCGUCUAUGUGUGCAUCCAGAGCUUCGCAGGACUGGCCGGUCCACCUCUAGGAGGUUUUCUGGUAGACAGGACUGACAAUUACGGAUCAGCCUUUUACUCCUGCGCAGCUGGGAUGGGAGUCGGGGCUCUGUUUCUUGGACUGGUGCGUCCUGCCAAAUCCGGCCUUUGCCUUCGGAGAAGGAGAAAGGAGCAGCAAACAACAGACAGAGACUCCAGCUCACAGGGUAAUGAUGAUGGCCCUGCUGACUUUGUAGAAAUGGACAUGGAGAUUGACAACAGCCCUGCAAAGAGCAAACCUUGGCCAGUAUGAAUACCGUCUCACCUCAAGAGUAAACGCACUUAUCCUCCACUUGAACGAUCAUCCCAAAGGCUGCCCUACACAAACCCUUUGCAAACGGGGUAAAACAAUCACAGAUCUAACUUUACAUUAAUUAAAGAAGAGUCCAAUCACUCUUCAUUGCACUUUUCACGACCACCCAAUCAUACUCCCUAAAACACGUUUACAUUCCUCGUGUCAUUAUUUAUUGAAAGGAAAUGAGUUUUAAAAUUUCCUUUCCUGUCAUAUUGUGUGCUGCAUUCUAGUCUCCACAAGAUAGACACGCUUUUAGAGAGGACGCGAAUUAAACCUAUCAAGCAUUCAAUUCUGUACCUCUCGUUUACCAAAGUUUUAGUGUGAAAUACAACUUCGCUCUUUAUUUCAUUAUUAUAUAGUCUGCAGCCCAUCACACCACUUUUAGUUCUUGCUUUAACGUCUAAAAAAUGAAACCUCAGGCUGUUUUGCUGCUUACAGUGAGGCCGUUAUGCAUAUGUACAGUGUAUUAGGUUGCGUAAGCCUCAUUCAGAGUUGAAGGUGUGAGAAGUACAGAGCUGUUGAGUGUUUCAGGGUCAUAUGUCAUUCACUUACCUAUAGAUAACAGGUCCGUGUUCACUGGUUUAAUAUUUAACUAGUAUUGCUAUUGCAAAUGGAAACAAUGAUGGCAACAUCUCAGCUUAGAUGUUAAUGUAGCUCAUGACUUGGAGCACUUGGUCUUCCAUCAAGAGUGACCCAACGUCAGUCAGAAGUUGUUGAAUGAGGGACGAGUUAUGCUGACCAAACGUCAAUUCCUGCUUAAAGAUGUAGGCUGCCUAGAAACCAUUCAAGAGUUUCGCAUGAAAAAUUAUGGCUAAAGAAUGUCAAGUUAUCGCUGUAAUCUGGAGUGCGCCGUUUGUGCCUUGUCGAAGAAUUCUGCGGAUUUACGCAGAGCUCGUGACUUAAAGCUGGAAGCUGAUGGGGCCGUUCACAGAACACGUUCUUUCAUUUAAAAACAUGAGAUGCAAUGUUUUAAAGUGCAUUAUUAAAGUCAAUAGCCCCUUUCUCACAUACAAGCUUUACUGGUAAAUUACUGGGAUGAGAAGUUGUAACAUUACCACCAGGAGGCACAGCCAUUUAGAGGUCAUUUCCAGUUAAUGAUAUGCAAAAUUUACCGGUAUUUUGAAACUGAUGUGUGAAUGGUGCUUUACCGGUAAAAAGACGGAACGCCGCUGCUUGUGUGAACAUUUUUGUAUUUAAUGGUAAAGUUGUUCUGGUAAUUUUAUGUCAAUUUACUGGUAUUACUGUGUGAAAAGGGCUAAUGACGUCCGUCUAUGGCACUUUUAUGUAAAAACGCAUAUAUAGAACGCAAAAAACGCCAUAUUUGGCGUAGACGAAUGGAAAAACAUGCACAUUUUGAAAGAGGUAAAAGGUAAAAAGUUGAAGUUGAUUCUGUUAAAUUGUCGCGGCGUACAGUCUGCAGAUGUGUAAACAGCUGAACUUCCUUAAAAGCAACUGUAUGUAAGUUUUAUAUUAGUUUCAAGAUAAUACUGAUGGUACACCUACUUCUAAUAUAUACAUUUACGCUAAUGCGUUUCCGUUUUAAAAUGCAUAACUUUUAUGAUUUAAUUACGCUGUUUAGUUAUCGUUUAUACUACUCCAACGUUUUCAACCCAUGAAAAUGGUGACUUUUAAGAAACGCUGCAGACCCUGUUUCAGGGGCUGUUUACACAAAGUUUGUAGCCAAAACGGGAAACUUUCUAUGCAUUUGCCUGUUCGUUUACACGAGAACUGCAUUUUGGGAACUGAAAAUGCACAAUUUUUAAACAGGUUUCAAAGUGCAAGUCUUUGAAAAUGCCACCGUUAUUGUUUUUGUGUAAACACCCAAUAUGGGAAUCUUUGAAAACUGUGACAUCAUGCGCGUGCGUAGUACGUAUUAGGUAUGUAGACAUAUUUAAAGGUGAGUGUGAACAAACAGUGCGCCAACUACUGGCCUGGUAUAUGUAAUGGCAGUUUUCACAGACAUGUGUAAAUGCGAAUCGUUUUGAAAAUGUUCUUGUGUAUAUGUUAGACUUUUUUAAAACGCAAGGCAAAAACUUUACCAGUUUUGACUGCACCGUUGUCGUGUAAACGUAGCCUUAGUUUUUAAAAACUCUGCGGUUACGUUUUAGGCUACAUUUACACUAGUGCGUUUUUGUUUUAAAAUGCAAAACGUCUGCUAUGGUUACGCCUGUCAUUUACACUACUCCGGUGUUUUCGGCGAUCGAAAACAGAGACUUUCAAAAACCCUGCCGACUCCAUUUUUGUUUGAAAACUCCGGGGUUGCGUUUCAUUGUAAACAGAACAAAACUGAUGCUGCGUCCGAAAUCGCAUACUGCUUAAGUAGGCACUACAUUUAAAUAUGAACGUACUACCCGACCGUUAAAAAGUACGUUCUAUAUAGUAUGAAUGUGGGUAGUAUGAAUGGAAUUCGGACGUACUACAUCCGCCAUAUUGAUGUUGUCACGUGUCAUGCGUCGUCACAACAGCGCGAAAAUUUAAAGAGACUCCACUGCACGAACACCGGCACCGGCAGUGUUCGGCGUUUUAACGUUGAUUGGACAGACAGCUCAGAGAAGGCGUCGGUCAGCUGCUCGCAGAUCACGCCUUCGUACACAGCUUCUAGAUUAUUUAUCAAAUAACGUUUCGAUUUACAAUAUCAUCCGUUUAUUUAGAUUGUGUUAAACAAGUGUAAUUUAAUCACAAUAAACAACGUUUUUUACACUUGAAAUGAGCCACGUCUCUCACGUUCCGCCAUUUUUCGAAUAUGACGCCUCCUCUCCCGGAGCCUCAUGGGAUAUGAAAGUGUCCAUGAUAUGCGUACUACAGAAUUCGGGCGGAAGCAGUAGGUCAUCCGGGUACUUCUCGCCUACUGAAUUUCGAAUACUAUGAAUUCGGACAUACUACUCGCCUCGCAUACUGUUUUUCGCGUACUAUAUAGUAGGGAAGUAUGCGAUUUCGGACGCAGCUUGAGACUUUUGAAAACAAUUGUUUCUGAAACAGAGUGAAAACACCAGUGUAAACGAGGAUUUUUUUUUUUCAUUUUAAAAUGAAAACGCACUAGUGUAAACAGUCGAGUAGUGUUCUGUUUUUUUCCCAUGCCUGCCCCAUGAUUGCUGUUCGGCAUGUGUACAACUAUCCACCGACAUUACUACAGUGAUAUAUUUACAAUAGUGAAUUCCACUCACUUAACUGUAGGGGGCUCCAAAGUUGCAAUAAUCUACAAAACUACAUACAGUUGCUUUAAUUUUUGAUUAAAUGCACUGCAGUGGUCAUAGAGGUCCGUAUAAAAUAGCGCAGUGGAACGUGUUCUGUGAGAACGGCCCUAAAAUCAUACACUGAAUGAGCAUUUUGACUGUAGUAUUUUUUGUGUGUAAUUCACUACAUGAAGACUUGAUAAUUUGAUGGAGAGAAAUGACAGUAUGUGGGCUCUUAAAAUGAAAAAAGAAUGAAAUGUAUUCUAGCACCAUGUACUGCAUACGAGAGGAGUCUGUAGGUAAAUCCCAUUGAAGCACUUACCUAAUAACUUGAAAUCUCAUGUACCUCUUAUGUUCUGUAAACUCUUUUAAUUUGUCAUACGUGUAUUUAAACACAGGUUUACUUAGGUUUUGUACUUUUGAUGAACACGUUUUGUGCGUCUUUUUUCUGAUUUUUUUUUUUUUUUUUUUAAUGUAAUGCAGACUUCUGAAUAUUGCAAUGACAGUAUAUGUUCAAAGUAGAAUAAAAGCAAUGAUUUUUAUAACUGA